AUGUCUCGUUCUACUUUCCUAAUGACAAAUGAAAUACCAACAACAAAUGAUUGUCGUUUUCAGUAUGACUUAAUGACGACUAGCCGAUCAAAUGAAACUUUACCUAUUGUUAUUCAAUCAUCGACAUCAAAACCUUCAAAUAAAUCAACCACACGAACUAAUCUAAGAUUAAAACGGAAUUUAAGAGACAAACGUCGAUCAACAGGAAUUCGUUCCGAUGAAGUUUCAGUAGAUACUCAUAAUGAAGAUGAUGAAGACGAAGAAAAAGUAUUAAAACACAUUACUGAAUCCAAUGAAUCAUUUGAUCAUAAUCAAACAAUGCCUUCUUCUAAUUGUUCUACGCCAAUGUUUACAGUUAGUCGAAUUCAACCAUCAUUCGAAAAUUUAUCUAUUUCUGAAACAGAUUCUUAUGGAAUGACAUCAUCAUUAGAUAAUAAUCCCGAUUUAGCAACAAAAAUCUUUCGACCUGAACAAUUUAUUCAAACAUCAGAUGAUGAUUCAGUAACAUUAAAAUUUCGACAACUUGAAGAGCGUAUUCUUACACUUGAAUCACUUGCACAUGAUAAAGAUAAUAUUAUACAUGACUUAGAACGUAAAGUGGAAAAAAUGACACGAGAUUUAGCUGAUGCAGAAGAACAAAUUUAUAGAUUACAUCAAGAGAAAUUAACAUUGAUCAAAGCAUUUUCAACAUUGCAAGAUAAUAAAUCUUUAUCAACAGAUGUGUCAAUACGUUCGAAUUUUGUAACAAAAAGUUAA